UAUUCUUGUUUCAUUUUUUCGCAAAUAGCAAGUACAGCCAAAUCGCGCGGGGAUUAUGAUGAGGCUGUCAACUUUUAUACGAAAGCAUUGCAAGAGGUCUUCCCGUACUGCGAAUUGUCUGCAAUAUUAUACUCAAAUCGUGCUAAGGCCUUGGGAUGCCUUCAAAUGUACGAAGAGAGUUUAAUAGAUAUCGAUAGGGCGAUCGAAAUUUCUACCAAUACCGCAUUAACUAAGCAUUUCAAAGAUACAAAAAUGGAUUUGGAAAAAAAAGCUUCUCGUCCGCAUACGAAACAAAAUAACAGAAAUCACUUCGAGGAUAUACCAUCGCUAUCGCACAACGAAAAUAAAGAUAUUCCUGGUAUGAGCGAUGCUGUUCGCUUGGUUCAUAGUACAAAAUAUGGUGUAAAUUUUGAAGCGACGAAACCCAUCGGCACUGGAGACGUCAUUCUAAUCGAGAAACCACAAGUAACGUCUAUCAUUCAAACAGACGUUGAUGUUGCACGUAUGUGUUACUAUUGCCUAAGAGAUUACAGAGCAUUACUUCCAUGUGAACGGUGCAAUAGCGCGCUAUAUUGUUCGAAAGAAUGCCGUGCAAAAGCAUACGAAGAAUACCAUCGAUUUCAAUGCAACUCUAAAAACUUCCCAGAUGAUGUUCAAUUUGUAAUAAUCUUGCUUAUGAAGAUUACAGAAAACGGCGAAAAACUUGCAGAAGCCAUUAAAUAUUGCGAGAAGCUCGAUACUAUGAGCUCAGGAAGAAAACUGUGUGGUUAAUG